AUGGGUUCCACCAUGAAGCCUACAAUCUUCAACGAGAGGGUAGCCAACGCUCUAAGAAACUGGCACCAAACGGCCAGGAAGCACGUAAAGCAGAGCCACCGCUCUGGCUCGGUGACUCCAUUUCAGAGCGGACCGGGUACUCCUCUGCAUGCCAUGUCCCCAGUCCACCUGCUGCGCAACUACCGCAGCGAUAUUGACAGCACCUUAGUGUCUCCAAGGGCUUCCAACUUCAAUAAUGAGUUUUGGGAAGGUGGGGGCUCAGCCUCUCCCUCACACCACCAUGAAGUUCAACGCGCUAGAAUCAACGAGGCUGUGACCAACCUGAGGAUGCAGUUCAGCUGGAGUUGA